AUGGCCACCACACCUAUAACACAAGAAAAAGUUCAUAAAGCUAAAAUGUCUAUUGAGAAUUUUUAUGCAAAUUUAAUUAAUCAAUAUGAAGAAAGAGAAGAAAGAUAUCGUCGACUAGAAGAAAUGAUGAAUGCUGAAGGUUUAUCUGAUCAAGAAAAACUUGAAAAACGUCAUUUACAUGCAGCAAAAGAAACCGAAUAUUUACGUUUAAAACGUGUUAAAAUGAGUGCCGAUGAUUUCGAACCAUUAAAAGUUAUUGGACGUGGUGCUUUUGGAGAAGUUCGUCUGGUACAAAAACGUGAUACAGGGCAUAUAUAUGCAAUGAAAAUUUUACGCAAAGAAGAUAUGUUAUUACGUGAACAAGUAGCACAUGUACGUGCUGAACGAGAUGUACUUGUUGAAGCUGAUCAUACAUGGACCGUUAAAAUGUUCUAUUCAUUUCAAGAUACAAGAAAUUUAUAUUUAAUUAUGGAAUUUCUUCCUGGUGGUGAUCUGAUGACAUUAUUAAUUCAAAAAGAAACUUUUAGUGAAGAAAUGGCACAAUUUUAUGUUACAGAAACAGCAGAGGCCAUUGAAUCUAUUCAUCGACUGGGAUUUAUUCAUAGAGACAUUAAACCAGAUAAUGUUUUACUCGAUGCCAAAGUAAGUUGA